CGUCCCUCUAAUCCCAUACAAGGAGGGGCAUUCCCCGUAAUUAGAUUUAGAUACGCGUCCCUUUUUGGUAUUUCGCAUCCUUGGACAACCCUUUAAUAAAAACAACCUAACCCUAAAUUUGCCCCUUUUCGUUAAUCGCCGCCACUUUUCGAUCUAGAUCCUUUCUCGUCCAAAUUCGACCUCAAUUUUCCUUCUAAAUCAUAGAUUCAAGGUUUGAUUUGAUCGCUCGUCGCUCUCCUCUACCGAUCGAUCCCAACUUUAACCCUAUCCGUGAUUUCCAUCUAAUUCUAGGGUUAGGGUUUCAGAAAUUUUUCGAUCCUCGUCUUUGAUCUCAGAUCCGUGAAACCGUUCUGUGGAUUAGUGAUUUUGGUUCUUGAUCUUGUUUUCCUUGCUUCAAUCUUUUCCGAUUUGUAAACUAUUACUAUCUUUUUGGGGUUUCGGAGUUUGAUUCAUUGAAGGGUUGUUUGAUUCUUAGAUCAUUCAGGGUUUUGAGGUGUUUUAGCUGCGAGUCGUUGUAUAUGUUUAUGGGUCAGGUUCAAUUUUUGGAAUUUCGUUGAAUAUUAUAAGAUCUAAGGUUAGGGCUUGGAGAAAAUUAGGGCUUUUCUUUAUUUCGUUGAAUUAGGCUCUGGGAAAGUGAAAUUGUUCGAUUCUUGUCGAAAUAUUCCUUGAUUCCUUGUAAGUUUGAGUAGAAUUUCCCAAUUCGACGAUCUGAUAUAUCAUUUGGCGAAGACUUCUUUUGAGUAUAAAAUGGUUCAGAAAAGGCGCUAUGAUGAUGAUGAGGUGCUUGAGGUUUCUUCCAAGCUUCCAAGACAAUUGGGACACAGUAAUCAGCUAGUUUCAUUUUCGGAAUCUGUUUUUCCUGAAGAUUCUCCGCAGUUCCCUCACAAAUUAGAGGGUGGAUUUCGGAAAGGUAAUGCUGAAGUUGAUGAGAAGCUCUCAAAUGACAUAUUUACUGAACUUCCAAGAAGUGCUGAGGACACUGAAGCCAGUGUUCCUGGAUGCAUUUCCAUCUCCUCUUGGGCCACCAGCAGUACAAGUGAAGAAGAUUUCUGGUUGGGGGCACCAGUUCAUGGAUCUUGUUUCCCAGACUAUUUUCACUCUGAGCGUCCAACAAGGACAUUAUCUCACUGCAAGGAUAUCUAUUCCAUACUGUUAGAUGGUUCUCCACGAAAAUUUGUUCCUAUUGGACCCAAUUAUCAAGCUGAUAUUCCAGCAUGUGGUUCACAGGGUACCAAGAAUGCUUCAAACCAUUUAGAUUCAUCUGAAGCAAUUUCCCACUCCAACCCCAUCGUUGGGGAUGAAGAUGAGAAGAGACUGAUGGGGACCUGUGUCAUUCCAAUGCCUGAUUUGGAAUUGUCUUCAUGCAAUGGUGUCAAAGUUGGAAAUGGUAGAAUUGAUUGCAGCUGUGAGGAUGGGGGUUCUGUUAGAUGUGUCAGACAACACAUUAUGGAAGCAAGGGAGAAACUUUUGAAGAACAUUGGGCUAGAAAGAUUUGUGGAGCUGGGGUUUUAUGACAUGGGAGAGCAUGUGGCUCAGAAAUGGAAUGAAGAGGAGGAACAUUUGUUUAAUGAAAUUGUCUUCUCGAAUCCAGCGUCGUUGGGCAAGAAUUUCUGGAAAAAUCUCUCUAUUGUCUUCCCCUCCCGAACCAAAAUGGAGAUUGUCAGCUACUACUUCAAUGUCUUUAUGUUUCGGAGGAGGGCCGAGCAGAACAGAUGUGUCCCAAUGAACAUAGACAGUGACAAUGAUGAAUGGCAGGGGAGUGAUGAUUAUGGUGACAAUGAACUUGGAAUGACAGAAGAAGAUGAGGACUCUGUUGUUGAGUCUCCUUUAUAUCACGAUGAUCCAGGUUUUGAUCGGAGCAGGGAAGAUGACUUGCAAGAGAAUGAUAAGGAUGCUGCAGAUGAAACUUGUGACAAUAAUGUAGAUAUUGCUAGUGGAGAGGGUGUCACCAACAUUUCAGAAACAAGCCCUAAGAAGUUGCUUAACAACUGUGGUUCCAGUCCCUCAAUUCUGCUCCAGUAUAAAACUCCUUGGGAUGAAAGGGGAGAUGGGGAAGUCCAAGAUGAUUUGCGCACUUCCUCGGAUACGGGGGUUGCCUCACAAGCGACAGAGGUGAAGUCUGCAAAUGGCAAUCACUGGCCGAGUAGCAUUAAUGGAUUAAGCAGUGGGGUUGGCCAUGAAUAUAUGGUGGAGCCUUGCGAUUCUAAAGUUUGGGAUGCCAGGUUUAUGCCUUGCCCCAAGAACAAAGUUGACUUAUUGCCAACUUGCAGCAUGAUUGAAGAGAUUUUUGGAGAUGGUCAAAGCUUGAGCUAGUUUUGCCAAUCCGUGCCCCAGAUGUAGUUUUCAGAAGCACUUGGCAUCUGAGGCUUUCAUGUGGAGACCAUCCCACGAAGUUUUAUGUCAUAGAUGGGGAGAGUCUAAGUUUUUUCCUUUGUACAUUUGCCUUCAUUGUAAUAUAGUGUUUUAAAAGGCGAUUGGUUA